AUGGGAUUACCAUGUAGGUCGCAUGCAGGAUGCAGCCCUCUAAUUUGAUCUCGCCGCUGUCGCAUCGAUUAUUCGCUUUUCACUGCGAUCUGUAUUAAAGCCAGCAGAAGGAUAGGAAGACUGAAAGAUCUGUACUUUUGUCACUUCGUCACUCAUUUCUGUCGCAAGCAGGCAUUACACAAUUCAAGCCUCUGCUCCGUUUCUCCAGACAAGAUGAGGUUAACGUCCUCAAGUCAGCAACAUCUCGACUCCCACUUCAAUCAUGCAGAGACGAAUUCGAGCUCCAAUUUCUCCAUUCAGACGGCGUUCAACAUGACCGCCCUUCAACAAGUCAAUAUUACUAUGCCCAGUCAGUUGGCGCCGGAUAUGUAUGGUGUGCAAAUUUUCGAUAUCGAUCUCCAUCACCUGCCCAAGAUCGGAUGGUUGAAUGUGGACCAUCAAUUCUAUGUAGAAAUAUCCAUUGAUGAUGCGGGCAUGACCUGUUCUACGACGCCGGAGAAAACGAGCUUUAUGCCAUGGAGUAGUAAACAUAUCUUCAAUGUUCGCAACUCUACCGAGCUUACUUUGAAGGUAUUUGCACAUCGCCAACUUCAUGAUGAUCAGUACAUUGGUAUGGUCCAUGGCAGUGUAGAGGAAUUUUUGAAAUACCCUGGCGCCAUUCUUGAACAACUGAAGUAUGUGAACCUCGAAGAGAAGGCAUCUGGAAGGGGCUCACGGCGAGCCAUAGCCAUGAGGGUGUUGUCAGAACACAAUUUCCCUCGGCAAUACAAAUAUCCCACAUAGACCUGCACCAUCUUCCACGAAUCAGUUUGUUUUCGGCUCACGACAGCUUCUAUGUCCAAACUUCUGUAGAUGAUCAUGACCACAAGACCACCACUGCUGAGAAACCGC